AUGCUCAGACAAGUAAAACCCAAAAAUCCGCGCACCGCGCGCAUCCUGAAAGCGCGAGAACCACAGCUCAUCGAGCCCCCGAAGCGCACGCUUCUGCUGCACGGCACGAAAUGCCCAACAGCGCUGAACACAGUCCUUAAGGUCUUCCACGCACUGACAAAACCACACUCGCUCCUCUUCCACAAGAAGAACGAAAACAUCCACCCGUUCGAGAACGUCGAGAGCCUCGAGUUCCUGGCCAACAAGAAUGAUUGCGGCAUCGUGGUGUUCGGGAGCAGCAACAAGAAGCGGCCGAACUGCGUGACGCUGAUGCGGGUCUUUGAUUCCAAGAUGCUGGAUAUGUGCGAGUUGCUUCUCCUGCCUCCGGCGCAUGGGGAGGAGAUUCCGGCUAUGAACAAUCUCACCAUGAACAUUGGGGUUGCAUUGCGGCCUAUGAUGCUCUUCGCGGGUAGCGUGUGGGAUGAUCCUACGUCCACGGCGCAUGUCAUGCUGAAGAGCAUGUUGUUGGAUCUCUUUAAGGGUGAGGAGACGGAUAAGAUUGACGUCGAGGGAUUGCAGUAUAUCAUGAUGAUCGCCGCGGAUGAACCGACGGAGGGCUUGGCGCCCGUUGUCCAUCUGCGCUGGUACAAGAUCAAGACGAAACGCAGCGGUCACAAGCUUCCCCGGAUUGAGUUGGAUGAGGUUGGUCCCAAGUUCGACUUCAAAGUUGGUCGUCAGCGCGAGGCGCCUCGGGAAUCUAUGAAGGAGGCCAUGAAGCAGGGCAAGAGGCCCAACGAGAACAUGAAGACGAAGAAGAAUAUUGGCAUGGAUUCUAUCGGUGAUAAGAUCGGUCGUGUGCAUCUGGGUAAGCAGGACCUGGGCGGUCUCCAGACAAGGAAGAUGAAGGGGUUGAAGAGGCGUGCCGGGGUGGAUUCCGAUGACGAGGGAGACGAGGAUAUGAUGGAUGUGGAUGAAAUUUCUGAGAAUGAGGGUCCGAAGAGGAGGAAGAAUUGA